AACUACGUCCUCAGCCGCGGCGGCACGCGGCUGAUUCGUAAGAUCCUAAUCGCGAACAACGGCCUCGGCGCGGUGAAAGCGAUCCGCUCCCUGCGGCUGUGGGAGUACGAGACGUUCCGAACGCACGACAUCUUGCACAUCGUGUGCAUGGCCACGGAGGACGACCUGAAAGCCAACGCGGAGUACAUCCGUCUCGCGGACGAGUUCGUCACCGUCGAGAGCGGAUCCAACCGCAACAACUACGCGAACGUGGAUCUGAUCGUGAAGGUCGCGCGGCGAUGCGAAGCGGACGCGGUGUGGCCCGGGUGGGGCCACGCGAGCGAGAACCCGAAGCUGCCCGCGGCGCUGGCGUACCACGACAUCGCGUUUUUGGGGCCCAGCGCGGAGAGCAUGGACGCGGUGGGCGAUAAGAUUUGCGCCAACCUUCUCGCGCAGUCGUGCGACGUCAACGUGAUCCCUUGGAGCGGGUCCGGGCUGACGGUGCCGGACAUCACGAUCCCGGAGGAUAUUUUGCUCGAGGCGACGCUCGCGACGGUGGAGGAAGCGGAGGCGAGCGCGAUGAAGAUCGGUUUCCCGCUCAUGGUGAAGGCGUCGGAGGGCGGCGGCGGGAAGGGCAUCCGCAUGGUGUCCAACAUGGACGAGCUCAGGACCGGGUUCGUGCAAGUCCAGGCCGAGGUCCCGGGGUCGCCGAUCUUCAUCCAGCAGCUCUCCACGAACUCGCGUCAUCUCGAGGUCCAGGUCGUCGCGGAUAAGCACGGGAACGCGAUCUCGCUGUACGGCCGCGACUGCAGCGUGCAGCGACGGCACCAGAAGAUCAUCGAGGAAGGCCCCGUCACCGUCGCGCCGCGCGAGACGUGCGAAGAGCUCGAAAGCGGCGCCGUGAGGCUCGCGAAGAAGGUCAAGUACAGCGGCGUCGGGACCGUGGAGUACCUGUACAACAUCACCACGGGCGUGUAUUCGUUCUUGGAGGUGAACCCGCGCCUCCAGGUGGAGCACCCGGUGACGGAGACCAUCACGGGCGUCAACCUUCCGGCGACGCAGCUCCAAAUCGCGAUGGGCAUCCCUCUGAACAAGAUGCCGCACGUGCGACGGUUCUACGGCGAGAAAGACGUCAUGGGCGUCUCCGCGAUCGACUUCGACACCGCGCGGCAGAACCCGCCGAUGGGUCACUGCAUCGCGGGAAGGGUCACCGCAGAGGACCCCGACGUCGGGUUCAAGCCGACGUCGGGCGCGAUUCACGCGUUGCACUUCCGCUCGCUCCCGGGUGUGACUGGCAACUUCAGCGUCGGCCUCACCGGCGGCGUGCACCAGUUCGCGGACUCGCAGUUCGGGCACAUCUUCGCGCAUAAGCCGACGCGCGACGAGGCGACGACGUUGCUCGUGCAGGCGCUCUCGGAGCUGUCCAUCCGAGGCGAGAUUCACACCAACGUCAAGUACCUCGGCGCGUUGCUCGAGAAGGACGACUUCCGCGGCGACGCGCACACGACGGCGUGGCUCGACGGCCUCAUCGCCGCCGCGGAUAAGCCGAAGGAGAUGCUGCACGAUCAUCUCGUCGUCGUGUGCGGCGCGGUCAUGCGCGCGACGAGCCGGCAUCAGGAGCUCGAGCAGCGGGUCAUCGACGCGCUGACGCGCGGCGUGCCCCCGGAGGCGUGGAUGACGAACCUCAGCGAGCACGCGUUCGAGCUGAUUUACGAGGACGUCAAGUACAACCUGAAGGUCACGAUGGGAUCGCACACGCUGUUUUACAUCGAGGUGAACGACCAGACAGUGUGCGAGGCUGAGGUUUUGGUCCUUCAAGACGGCGGGCUGAAGGUUUUGCUCGGCGGGAAGGCGCACACGGUGAACUACGAGAAAACCAAGGUGGGGUUGAAGAUUCACGUGGACGGGCAUCCGUGCUUCUUCCCGGACGACUUCGACCCGACGAAGAUGUGCGCCCCGGGGACGGGGAAGCUGCUUCGGUACCUCGUCCCAGACGGCGGCCGCGCCGUCGAGGGCGUCGCGUACUGCGAGAUCGAAGUCAUGAAGACGGUCAUGCCGCUCAUGGCGACGAGCACCGGCGUCGUCGCCCACAAGGUGCAGCCCGGGUCGGCGUUGGAGACGGGCGACGAGCUCUGCGCCGUCGCGGUCGAGGACCCGAGCGCGGUGAAAGUGUCCCAGCCGUUCAGCGGCGAGUUCACGGUCAUCCCCGGUCGAAAGCUCACCGGCGCGCUCGGGGACGACAGCGCGCUCGUGCGCUUCAACGUCAACGCGACGGGCGUCGUGCAGCUCCUCGCCGGGUACGAUUUCAACAAGACGAAAGACCCGGUCACGCCGCUGCUCGAAGUGCUCGGCACGAUGAAGCUCGCGGUGGACGACUUCUCCGAGACGAAGCAAGCGGUGUCGUCGCGCGCGUCAAAAGCGGCGCUGGACGAGCUCGCCGCGAUCGAGAACCUGAUGCGCGCGGCGGUCGGGUCGAAAGACGACGACGGCCGCCGCGCGAGUUUGGACGAGUGCACCGACGUCGUCUCCGUCGCCGUCGCGCGCGUCAAGGCGCUCAUCGACGAGCACGGCCCGGACUUUCUCCCGCUGCGCGCGUUCGUGGACCAGUUCGAAGGCGGUCUGCACAUGAACCGCGUCAGAGUGUUGACGCGGUAUCUCGAGACGUACCUCGACGCGGAGGAGCCGUUCGCGUGCAGCGCGUCGUUCGAAGACGCGGUGAUGUUGCUCCGGUCGAGGUACAAGGGCGACGCCGCGGCUGUGGUGCAGUACGCGCACGCGCACUCGCGGCUCGCGCGUCGCAGCGGGCUGGUGCUCAAAAUUUUGGACGAAGUCAGCGCGCACGACAUGACGGACAUCGCGCCGUGCCACGACGCGGUCAGGAGGCUGAUGAAGCUCGAGUCCGCGUCGCACGCCGGGUACAAGGAGGUGUCCUACCGCGCCAGGGAGAUCAUCGUUCGGAAGCAAGACGAGUCGCGGAAAUCGCGACGCGAGCGCAUGAAAGCGAUCGAACUCAGCGCGUCGAAGAUGAACCUCGCGGCGGGUCACAACAGGGACGACUCCCUGAGUGAUUUCGGGCUCGCGAGCGCGGGGUCGCUGUACGGCGGCAGCGAGGGCGACCUCGCGAACAUGUCGGACGUGUCGUCGCAAGACGGCGGCGCGAACACGCCGGUGCGAAAUGACGCCGCCGCGAACGACGGUCGCCCGAAGCGCCGCAGCGUCGGGACGCUGUUCCUCGACGGCACGAACACGCUCGCGCGGUUCAACAGCUACGCGGACCUCGCGGAGGAGGGCCAGAAGAUGAAAGCGUACGACGUCGGCGCCGAAGCCGGGAUGGACGGCGGCGACGCGUUCACGUGGAACACGCUGUUCGAGGCGCCGUCGGAGACGGAAAAAUUCGCCGCGAUCGAAACGCUGUUCAACGCGUCUGGGAUCGACCUCUCGACGAUCCCAGACGCGGGCCCGAAGACGUUCGACGCGGAGCCCGGCGUGACGUGCGUGCGCCUGAGGAACGGCCGGAACAUGGUGCUCUUCGCGCCGUCGUUGGGGCACGCCGUCGCCGCGCUCCCGGAGGCGUCCGCGGAAAAACCCGAGGAGCUCUCGUUCGUGAUCGCGUACCCGCGUCUGCACGGCAGGGAGGAGCGGGAAUUUAAGGAGAUGUCCGUCGCGAGAGGGUUCUGGCCGCACGUCGCCGCGCAGAUGGAGGUGGAGCGGUUGUGCAACUUUCAGGUGGAGUGCGUCGGGAUGUUGUCGUCGCGGACGCACGGGCGCGCGCGCGCGGCGAAUUUCGUCAACGCGUCCGAGUACGUCAUCGGCCGAACGCCGAGCGGCUCGUUCGACAUCGACCUCUCCUCUCUCGGCGCGAACGCGUCCUCCGUCCACGACGACUCCAUCCUCGCGGACGUGUUGGGGUCGUUAGAGCUCGCGGUCGGGCAGCACGGCACGGCGUGGAACCACGUCUACAUCAACAUGGUCGGCACCACGCUCGAGGACUUGCCGCGCGUGGAGGCGGCCAUCGCGUCGUUCAUAAACACGACGUUCGAAGACUUGCGACGGCUGAAGGUGUCGUGCGUGGAGGUGCGCGUCGGCGGCGCCGCGGACGUCGUCGCGCUGAACACGUCCGGGCUCAAGUUCAAGAUGACGUCGACGACGCACGGGGACCCGAGCAGCGCGUCCGUCUCCAUUCCGCCGCGGAUGAAGGAGUACCCUCUGCUGGACAAGAUUCAGCGCAAGCGCAUGAUUUGCCAAAACCUCAACAGCACGUACGCGUACGACUUCCCGGAGAUUUUCGCCAACGUGCUCGCGGAGCGCGCGAACCAAGGCCUCGGCAGGGUCGUCGAGCUCGUCCUCGACGCCCCCGGCGGGCUCGCGCACGGCGGUCCCGCCGGCACCUUGAUCGAGGUCGAGCGCGCGCCCGGGAUGAACGACGUCGGCAUGGUGUGCUGGCGCGUCCGACUGCUCACCGCGGAGUACCCGGAGGGCCGAGAGAUCAUCCUCGUCGCGAACGACAUAACGCACAUGUCCGGGUCGUUAUCCCCGAAAGAAGACGCGGUGUACCGCGCCGCGUUCGAAUUAUCCGUCACAGAAGGGCUUCCGUGCGUGUACAUCAGCGCGAACAGCGGCGCGAGGAUCGGUCUCGACGAAGCCGUCAAGGCGGCGUUUCGCGUCGCGUGGCACGACCCGCACAAGCCGUCGCGCGGGUUCAAGUACCUCUACCUCAGCGAGGACGACUACGAGAUGCUCGGCACCGGCGGCCGCGUCCUCUGCGACCGCGUCGUGGACGAGACCACCGGAGAGGUGCGUUUUGCGCUCACGGACGUGUGCGGCGGCCAGGGCGUGGAGUGUUUACAGGGCUCGGGCGAGAUCGCGUCGGCGACGUCCAGGGCGUACAAAGGCGCGUUCUAUACACUGGUCCCCAUACGACCGCCCACCGUGACGAUGGCGUACGUCACCGGUCGCUCCGUCGGCAUCGGCGCGUACUGCAGCCGUCUGUGCCAGCGCGUGAUUCAGCACGCGGAGGCGCCGCUGAUUCUCACGGGCGCGAGCGCGCUGAACAAGGUGCUCGGGAGGGAGGUGUACGCGUCCAACGCGCAGAUCGGCGGCCCGAGAGUGAUGGGCGCCAACGGCGUGUCGCACCUCGUCGUGACGGACGACGUCCGCGGCGUCUCGUCGAUUCUUCGGUGGUUAUCCUACGUCCCGAAGCGCAAGGGCGCGCCGCUGCCGUUCCUGUCUCCCGCCGCCGCGAUUGCGAGCUCCGACGGCGGGUUCGACACGAUCCAUCGGUCGAUCGGGUUCGUCCCCGGCGCGACGCCGCAUGACCCGCGCGAGAUGCUGCAUCACUUUUUCGACCGCGGGUCGUUCAUGGAGGUGAUGACGGAUUGGGGGCGGUCCGUGGUCACCGGCCGCGCGCGCCUCGGCGGGCUCGCCGUCGGCGCCGUCGCGGUCGAGACGCGCGCGAGCACGAAGACCGUCCCCGCGGACCCCGCGUUCGAGGGCGCGCAGAUCGCGGAGGAGACGCAAGCCGGGCAAGUGUGGUUCCCGGAUUCCGCGUUUAAGACGGCGCAGGCCAUCGGCGACAUGAACCGCGAGGGCUUGCCUCUGAUCAUCUUCGCCAACUGGCGCGGCUUCGCGGGCGGCCUGCGCGACAUGUACGGCGAGAUCCUAAAGUACGGCGCGUACAUCGUCGACGCGCUUCGCGAGUACGACCAGCCGAUCUUUGUGUACAUCCCGCACGGCGGCGAGCUGAGAGGCGGCGCGUGGGUGGUGAUCGACUCGUCCAUCAACCCGGAGAAGAUGGAGUUUUACGCCAGCGACGAGAGCAAGGGCGGCGUCCUCGAGCCCGAGGGCGUCGUGGAUAUCAAAUUCCGCAGAGAGGAUCUCGUGAAGGCGAUGCGGCGGACGUGCCCGGCGAUGCAGGACGGCUCGAAAUUCCACGGCGAGGACGGGAAGACCGCGGAGAAGAAGCUCGAGAAGGAGCUCAUGCCGACGUUUAAGCAGCUCGCGACGCACUUCGCGGCGUUGCACGACACCCCCGGGGUGAUGCUUCACAAGCGAGCCAUCCGCGAGAUCGUGCCGUGGUCGCAGGCGAGGACGUUCUUCGCGAGCCGGCUGCGCAUGCGCGUCGCGGAGGAGCGCGUGAAGGCGCUCGUGCGCGGGAAGGUGCCGGACGUGAGCGCCCAACAGAUGGCGACGCAUCUGUCCACGGUGGCGGCGACGCUGGAAGAGAUCGCCGCCGCGGAGGACGACGGCGUCGCGCCGGAGGAGAGGGAGGAGGUCAGGGCGAUGAUCGACGCGUUGACGAGGUGA